AUGUCCGGCAAGCAGUAUUAUAGAGAUCUUCUUCUCCGUGUGCAGGAUAAGAUCAGAGGUCUUGGUGCCACAAAUAAGAACAGAUGGGCAGCAUUCUGCUAUGGCGGAUCAAUGAGCCUUCCAGAAUUCACCGACAAAGUCAAGAAGUACAACGUUCAGUUCAAUGAUGGUGAUAUGGAUAUCAUCUGGGAUUCUGUUGGAAUCAGUGGAGACAUGAAAUUUACAGACUUCCUUAAAUUUAUGCAAACUGAUGUCGACGAUUUCAAUCCUGUUACAAGCCAGCGUGGAAGAUCUGCACCUCCACAAUCUUCAGGAAUGUCUCAGGCUCGUGACGCUUACGAAACUCCAUCCUAUGGAGGAGGAAAUAACUACAAUCAGCCAUCAUACGGUGGUGAUCGUUUUGGCGGCGACCGCUUUGGUGGUGAUCGCUUCGGAAACGAUAACUAUGGCGGUGAUCGCUUCGGAAAUGACAAUUUCGAUGGUGAUAGAUUUGGAGGAAAUGACCGCUUUGGCCAAGCUCCACCACCAUCACUUGGAGGUAAUGCAGAUGAUUUGAUACACGAAAACCUCAGAGAUAUUGUCAUCAGCUGCAUGUCAAAGGAUUCUCUCAUGACAGGUGAAGUUUCUCGCAAUGCAUUCCUCGAUAUCUGCUCUAAACUUGGAAUUACAGAAUCUCUUCCAGGAUUUAGCAAGAUUUUACAAGCAGGAGAUCCAUCUUACUCCGGAUUAAUCCAAUACUUUACAAUCGCUUCAAAGAUCUGCUCAGAUUCUGCUCUUCCAUCAACAGGUGGAUCCGGAUAUGGUGCAGGAUCAGGUUCAUCAUACGGCGGAUACGGAGCUCCAGCAUCAAAGCCUUCUUAUGGCUACGAUGCUCCUGCUCCGAAACCAUCGUACGGAGGUGGAUUCGAUGAGCCAAGAUCAAGCUAUCGCGAUAAAGGCGACAACAUUUCCCUUAGAGAUACAGCUCCAAAGAGAGAUGCAUUUAAUGAUAACCCUGCUCCAAGGAAAUCAGCUUACCAGUCAUCAAUUUCAUUUGGUGAUGAUGGUGGUGCUCCACAACCACGCCAAAGAAAGGCAGCAAUGGAAGAAUCCAACAUUUGGGGAGAUCCAGCUCCAAUACAAGCCAGUCCACAACGUGCAUCAUUGCCAAUUGGAGGUGGUUAUGGUGCUUCUUAUUCUGCUGCCUCUGGAGAUGCUGAUGAAGUUCUUGCAAAGAUAUCCACAAAAGUUUCUGAAGGAAUUGGCAAUUCUUCAGCCGCAUUCAACAAAUGGAGAGGAUACAAUACACGUCUUGUUCCAGAAGACCUUCUUAAGGGUCUUCAGCGUGAUUGUGAUUAUUCUCCACCUCUUGAAGUUGUCAGAGAGAUCUGCAGCAGAUACGGUGGUGAACUCUCUCUUACAGGCUUCGUCAAGAUGAUGGGUGAUGGCACAACAAUGGGCCAGAAGAGCGCACAAGCACGUCCGAAAUCUUCAUUCACUCCAUCAACAAGAAAGAUGACAGAAGACGACCAGACAAUUGAAGAUAUCGCAGCACAGUUCAACGGAAGAGACUUCGAAUUAAUUGCAGGAAGAGCAAGAAAUGCAGAAGAGCUUUGCAACAUCUUCAGAAGAAACAACAUUCAAUUUGAUGAAUCAAGAGUUAAGAAACUCAUUGCUAAGCAAGGAAAGAAUGGAUUCUGUGAUUCAAUCCUUGUACGUCUCGGUCAGUGA